GCGGAAGUAAAAACUGUGUGAGGAUCAGGGAAAUGGCGAAUAUGGUUCGACGAACUGUAAUAUAGUCAGAAGAAUAAUUUUAUUGUUUUCAAGUUUAAUUUUGAAAGACUAAAAAUAUCAGUAUGUCAUCACAGGAUGACGAGCAGGAUGAAAGGGAACAAAUUCAAGAUGAUAUUGAGCGUCUAGAACUUGUCUUGCAAGAAGGGGACGAUUACGAAGACAUUGACGAUGAAAAUGCUCUCCGCAUUGACCAAGAUUAUGUUCCAGAUUACGACGAUGGUGCAGAUAUCAAACCUGGCUCAAGUGGAAUCAUUACAUUUCAUGAAGAAGAUCAGGAUUAUGAGGAUGGAUCCGGAGAUGGAGAGGAAACAGAUGAUAUACAGCUGGGUACAGCAGACCUGGCACAACUGCAGAUGAUGGGGGAGGAUGGUGAGAUUGUCAUCAAUCCAGAGACAUGUCUGGCCUUAAAUCGUGCCUACCAAGAAAUCCUUCUAGACCUGCUCAGGAAAAUUGAAAUAUCUCUGCAGGAAAACAGGAGUAAACAGACUACUUUGGAGGAGGAAUUAAGUAUGAAAGCCAGCAGGAAGUACAUUUCUUCAUCAGAACCACACUCGGUGAUCAAGCCUCUUACAUGGUUUAGAGUUCCAUUUUUUAAAGAUAUCAAUGGAAGGCAUGCACCACAGAAUGAGGAUGUACGAUUAAAGAAAUCACUUGGAGAAUUAAAACAAGACCAUUUGUUUCCUGUUGUCUGGUUGAGAGGACAAAGAGAAAUACUGAAAGAGGCCGUAGAGAGGGAUGCUCAAGAGAAACUUAUCAGACCUCUAAUGAAUAAGAAGGAAGUAGAAGCAGAAAAACUCCUGUUAGCAGAUAAAAAUAAAAAGUCAAAGGUUAAGAAGGAGAUCGAGUCUACCCUUAAGGACAUUGACAAAGAGAUAGAAGACAUCAGGUCCAACAGUUUUGAGAAACUCCUCAGCAAAGUCGGUGCAGAUGAUAUUGAUUGGAUGAAGAUAUCAAAUAUUGAUUUUUCGGGAAAACAUGGUUCUGAAGACUGCAAGAAAUUCUGGGUGAAUGUAUUACAACCAGAGAUCAACAAGGAUAAGUGGGUACCUGAGGAAAGAGACCUUCUCCAUGAACUGGCCAUCAAACAUGAGAUGAGGAACUGGGAUUUGAUAGCUAAAGAACUAGGGACAAAUCGAUCAGCUUAUCAAUGCCUUCAAUAUUACCAACAAAACCUCAAUGUGAACUUCAGCUCAAGACAGUGGACAGAGGAGGAAGAUGAUUUACUGAAGGAAGUAGUAGAAAACUGUAGAGUUGGCUACAGGAUAUCCUGGAAUCAGGUGUGCUACUUCAUUGAGGGUAGGAACUGGAAGCAGUGUCAGCGUCGAUGGGUACAGAUUGAUCCAGCAACCAAAAGAGGGCGAUGGUCAGCUGAGGAGGACCUCAUGUUACUCAGUGCUGUUCACCUCCAUGGGACUUCCAACUGGAGGCUGAUCCAUGAAAUGGUUCCUGGGCGGUCCGCCUACCAGUGUCGAGACCGCUACACCAACUGUCUUGACCCCAACCUCAAACCACCUACCACCUGGACCUAUGAGGAGGACAAAAAAUUACUUCAAUUGGCCAGCAAAUACACAAGUGAAGAUGGUUCUGCUAUCAGUUGGACAAAAGUGGCUGCAGAGAUGGAAGGACGGACAGACAACAUGAUCCUAUCACGUUACAAGCGACUCAAAUCCUGGAAGAUACGAGCUGAUUGGCUCAAUACACAAAAUGAUGAAACAAAGGCAUAUCUUGGUACCAUAUUCAACAAAGAUGAACAGGAAUCACAGCCACCAGUUUCUGACCUUAAAGUACCUAUGGGAACGUUUGCAACAGGUGUGCAACGAGAAGAUUAUCUCAAACAGAUACGUGACAAACAGGCAGGUGACAUUGUUGUGCCACGUCCACCACUGAGCCACAGGUUCAAAACACGUAAUAUGGAACAGUUGUGGCAGCGUAAACUUCAGUUGAAGAAACUUGUGGAACACCAUUUACAGAAGACUUUGAGUAAGACUGUCACAUCACAGGACAAGAUGCUCAUUCCCUCCAAAACCGCUCAGGAGUUUGUACCCUUUGUUAAAUUGAACAAAAAACAGCAGAUAGAAAUGAAUGACCUCUUCAAGGACAAAGACCCUUGUACUGUUAAAGUAUCUGACAUGCUUGCAAUAACAAACAAGUACAAGGAUCAUGGAAAUGCAGCAACGGAAAAACGUUUGCGUCGAUUCACCAAGGACCAACGCAUUGACAGGAAAAUGGCUGACAUAGUCCAAAUGAAGAACUACAUGUCGAUGAUUACUCGUAGUGGUGCAGGUCGUCCAAAAAAGUUCUAUAUCUUCUAUCCAUAUGGGAAAUCUGCCAAUAAAGAAGUUACAGAGAAUAUAGCACAGCUCACCUCAAUCUCCACUACACUAAUGUUGUCAGCUCUUGAAGUGAAUGGUCAUAAAGCUUUGCAAAAUGCCCAGAGGAAACCAGAAAAUCAAAUGUCUGAAUCAGAAAAGGAUAACUUAGCAAUUCUGAAGAAACUUUUCCCUCCAUUGCCCGCAUGUAUGAGAGCCCAGCCUGCCUCCAAUUCACAAUUGAAGACUGUUCAAGAUCAGAAGACCGUAACUUUAGGAAAAACUCCUGCAGUACCAGCAACAGAAGGAAAGUCUGCUCCAAAAGCUAGUACCUUGUCAGUUGAUAAAUUACAAGGACUUACUGUGUCAGUAACCAAUAAGUCUUCUCAUUUGUCUGGACAUGUAUCUGGAUCAAAAUCAAAGAAGACUGUGACUAUUGUCAAACCAACAAAUGUUCAGGGAGCUGUGACCCAGAGUAGUAUCCAUACAGCCACUGCUGUUACCAGCUCAAAGACUCUCCGUGGAAAUACACCAAUUUCUAGCUCUCAACCAACAGUUUUGAGAAAACAAGUUGACUCUGGGUUUCAAAAGCUCAGUAAACAAACGGUGGGAAACAAACGACAAAGUUCAGUUGUUCCACAGACACGGUCAAACUCUACCAGCAUACCGGUUAGUACAGUGUCAGCCAGUGUUAGUAACAUCCAAGCAACGACAGCACAGCCUCCCAGAGUUGUUGUUGUACAAAAACAAGGAACACCUACUCCAAGUAACAUCCCGUUACUUCCACCAGGAGUAAAGAACUUAGAAGCGUUUGCUGGACUUGUUGUUCAGUUCCAGCUUCUCACAGCCAGUGCGGGAUCAAUGUAUAAUGAGAAGUAUUACAAAAAUGUCAGCAGGCAGAUUAGAUCCUCAUUGAUUUCUUCACAAAGCAAGAAGGAAUCACAAGAUGAAAGUCUAGUAAAAACAGUGCUGAACUCUUUCAAGAAUAGGUCUAGUGCUGCGGUGAUGCGUGGAGCAAAGCAUGUAAAUAAGGAUCCUUUUACAAAGAACUCUGAAAGCUCUUCCCUGAGAGACACCUUAAGUGAUGUUAGAACUACCCCAGAGUACAAGUUGCUCCAGAAGCGAUUUGAAGGAUUGUUUACAUGGCCUGCUUUACUCUCUACUGUCAAAGUUGGUGGUAACACACAAAAGGAGGAAGAAGUUAGUUCGCUUUUAUCAGGUAAAAAAGCAAGGAUGGCCAAAAGGAGGAAAAUGUUGGAGAGUAAGCCAGCUGAGCCGGAACCAGAUGUUGACAUGGGAGAUCUGCUGGCUGCUGGGGAGAAAUCUUUGCAGCCAAGGUGAAAAAGGCACUGGUUAGGAAAGAAUAUAAAAGGAAAAGGUACCCUUGUUCUAAUGGUAAACACUUCUAUCGCAACCAGUUAUUAAAUAAGGAACACAGACAGAGAAUUAUACGUAGAAGGAUGGUAGUCAGGCGUCUCAACAAAGAACUUCGUGAACAGG